UCUCUCCCUCCCUCCCUCUGUUGCCUUUUGUUGCGGUUCCUCACUUUCUCAACACUUGGACAGAGGGAACUGAUACUGCGCCUGUGUGUGUGUGUGUACGUAUGUGUGUGUGUGUGUGUAGUUUGGGUGUCCCCACAACUCUCGAUCUCUCUGGACUUAACUGUACGUGAACAUGACUGACUGAACAGGACUUUCUAACACACUUCUCAUGCUGAAUGUUCACACAGACUGAUGGAAUCCGCACCUCUGGGUACAUCAUAAAGACAGACAGACAGGACAACAUAUUUCAUACAGUGGCAGAUUCCUCCGUGGCAGUGCCGGUGUCGUGCGCGACCUUGUUUCCCAUGGACCUCAGGGUGGGAGAGCGGGGGAUGCGCCCUGGUUCCGACACGGCGCUCCUCACCCCGCUGCACCCGCCUUUACUCCUCACGCCGUUCUCCUCUCAGCCCCGCACCAUCUCCCAACAGCAACUGCACCAGCACAUCCGGUUUAAUAUGGAGCAGAGGAGGCGAGAGCAGGAGCACCAUGAGAAACAACAGGAGUUGCAGCAGCUAAAGCACAAAGACAAGAGUCAACAGAGUGCAGUGGCCAGUUCCCUGGUGAAACAGAAACUCCAGGAGGUGAUUCUUAAGAAGCAGAAACAGGCGCUGGAAAGAACUAACUCCAACACUCUGACUUCAGCUCCUGUAGCAUACAGAAAGCUGGGCCCAGACCCCAGCUUAUCCUCCCAGCCUCUGGUCUCGUCUCCGUCACAUCCUUCCUCUGAGGGUUCAGAAGGGACGCCGCUACGCAGAGCAGCGUCUGAGCCCAAUCUGAAGGUGAAACACAAGCUGAAGAAACACCUGAACACCCGCAAGAGCCCGCUCACCCGCAAAGAGAGUGCCCCGGCCACUGUCAGGCACAGAGUACCUGACACACUGGACUCGUCCCCCAGCAGCAGCAGCACUCCAGUCUCAGGCUGUAGUUCUCCUAAUGACAGUCUGCCCAUUGAGAAUGGGCUACUGCCAUCUACAGGCGGCCUCUCACAUGAGGCCCAGAGGCUGCUGCUCAGAGAUGGCACCAUAGCUAACUUCACCAUUCCGAGUCCUUCCACUCUGCCCACCAUCACACUGGGACUACCAGCCAACGCCAGGGUAAACACUCAACUGCAACAAACGUCUAUCGUAACAACUCAUUUAUUCUUAAAUCUUGUAUUUUCCUUGAAACCGGUGAGAGAAGUGUUCAGUUCUUUCAAAAAUAGCUGACUUCUCUGAGGGUCGGCCGGGAUGGGCUCAACGGUCUUCCUCCCCCUGAGCAGAGAGGAUCAGGCAGGGCAGCUGAACCAUCAUCUGCCUGUCAUCAUCCUGGAGUCCUCUAGUCUGGUACACACUCCGCUACUUACUGUUCAAGGCCUAGAUUCCGUCCCGCUACAGUUUUCACCCCAGUUAGACCACCUGGCUCCUGGAGGUGCUCACCCUCACAAGCCCCUGAGCAGAACACGCUCAGAGCCCCUCCCCCAGAACACGCGGACCCUUCACGCACAUCUCCUCCAACAACAGCACAACACACAACUACUGGAGAGGCUCAAACAGCAAACUCACCUGGGCAAGCUGAUGUCUAAAUCCAGCGAGAAGCCCAGACUGCAUCAGAUCCCCUCUGAGGAUAUGGACUCAGAGGAUGGUGGCGCAUCGUCGCCCACUGAGCCAACCUAUCAGAGCAGAGUUAGGGCGGAGUCACUGAGGGAGGCAGAGCCAACAGCAUCUAAGAGCCACGAAGAGCAACUGAACCUGCAACAUGCACUCAUACUCAACCAGUCGUUGCUAUGGGAACAGCAGAAGCAGCUGCAGCAGCUGCAUCGACAGAUGGAGACCCUGGCAGUACCUAUGUUACGCGGCAAUGGCGGCGUUGGUAGUGGGUUGGGUGUCCAUCGCACCCUGUCACGUACACAGUCAUCCCCAGCCUCCACCUCUCUCACUCUACCUGAGAAACAACUGAGCCUGUCUGCACAGGAUACCAGCAGCAAACCACGCUUCACUACUGGCCUGGUGUAUGAUUCUCAGAUGCUGAAGCACCAGUGUACAUGUGGAGACAACAGCAGUCACCCAGAGCAUGCUGGGAGGAUACAGAGCAUCUGGUCCAGACUACAGGAGAGAGGCCUCAGGGGACAGUGUGAGACUAUUCGUGGUCGUAAAGCCACUCUGGAGGAGCUGCAGUCGGUCCAUACCGAGCGCCAUGUGUUGCUCUACGGCACCAACCCGCUCAACAGACUCAAACUGGAUAACCGCAAACUGGCCGGAAUCCUCUCUCAAAGGAUGUUUGUGAUGUUACCAUGUGGGGGUGUAGGGGUUGAUAAUGACACCAUCUGGAACGAGUCGCACACUUCAACGGCAUCACGCAUGGCAGCAGGCAGCGUUGUUGAGCUUUCCUCCAGAGUGGCCAGAGGAGAGCUAAAGAACGGCUUUGCUGUGGUCAGGCCGCCGGGGCAUCACGCAGACCCCUCUAAUCCAAUGGGUUUCUGUUACUUCAAUUCCGUGGCCAUAGCCGCCAAGCAGCUCCAACACAAGCUCAGCGUCAGCAAGAUCCUCAUUGUUGACUGGGACGUUCACCAUGGUAAUGGCACCCAGGAAGUGUUCUACAGCGACCCCAGCAUUCUCUACAUCUCACUUCAUCGCUAUGACGAUGGAAACUUCUUCCCUGGCAGUGGGUCGCCAGCUGAGGUUGGUUCUGGAGCAGGCGAGGGCUUCAAUGUGAAUGUGGCGUGGACAGGAGGACUGGACCCACCCAUGGGGGAUGCUGAGUACAUCGCUGCAUUCAGGUCUGUGGUGAUGCCCAUCGCCCAGGAGUUCUCCCCGGACGUCGUUCUGGUGUCGGCUGGGUUUGAUGCCGCAGAGGGCAACCCCGCUCCUCUGGGAGGGUACAAGGUCUCCGCCAAAUGUUUCAGCUUCCUGACCAGCCAGCUGAUGUCUCUAGCAGGGGGUCGUGUGGUUUUGUCCCUUGAGGGAGGUCAUGACCUCACAGCUAUCUGUGACGCAUCUGAGGCCUGUGUCAGUGCACUCCUGGACAUACAGGACCCACUGCCAGAAGAAGUCCUGCUCCAGAAGCCCAACGCUAACGCAGUCCGCUCCCUUCAGACCGUCAUACAGAUACAGAGUCAAUACUGGCAGAGUUUAAAGGCUUACAGUGGAUCAGUGGGUCUGUCCUACCUGGCCGCGCAAAGAAGAGACUGUGAGGAAACAGAUGCUGUCAAUGCUCUGGCCUCGCUCUCUGUGGGAGUCCUUUCCAACAAAAGCCUCUCUGACGAGCCAAUGGAGCACGACAGCGACUCCAUGUAGAAGAAUCCAACCAAUCACCUCACAGAACUCACUUUCAGGAUUUGGGGCCCCACCUGUAGCCUCGGAUCUCUCGCAUUUGUCACACGACCAUGAAGGGGGGCACGUUUGUAAUGCCACUGAGCCCCACCCAUCUGCCUUAUUCACAAACACACAUGGACAUCCAUCAACACACAACGCUGAGCCUCUACAGACCUGCAGUACGAGCACCUCAAUGCUGGUAACCACUCAGCUGACGCCAGCAGCACUACCUGCAGCCGGGAAACCUUCUGAAACCUCACCAAAGAGCAAUACAAGACGACCUUUUAAUACUUUUCAUGUCUCCUGACUGACAUUGGAUUUUGUGUGUGUUGAGAGGUCCAGCGCCACAGCAGCUCUGUGACACACAGACCUUAUAUAUAGGAACAGACAGAAUUCAGAUGCAGCUCUGAAUCCUCUUGAAGCACUAUGUACCAGCAGCUGUUUUGUUGCCUUAACUUUGCCUUAACGUUAGGACCAACAGGUUUCAGAAGGAAGAGACUUUGGAUCAUAAAUUACUUUCUCUUCUGCCACUUUAGCAGAAUGAACCUAUGACAUCAGGUAAAAGCGUGUACUUGAUGGAUGCAAGAAUAUCAACAAGAAGAUGUGGCCACGUCACAAAGGAAAGAAAAUAAGACAUGGAGAUUGUCUGUUUUAAUGAUGUCAUUACAUGCCGUUUAACCACUAAAAGAAGACAACAAAGAACUCGAGGGAGAGGGAAGAGAGAAAAUGAAGACACACAAUGGACAUCUGUGGUUUUGUAGAAACAAAGAAAAAAGGCAAAUGUCCUUGUUGUUUUAUUGCACUGUUCAUUCCAUAAUGUGAACCAUAAGAAAUUCCAAAGCUCUGGGAUAUAAAAAAAAAGAAACUCCUCUCUGUAGGUUAUUUAAUAGUUUUUUGAAGAUUUGGAUGAAAUUGUGUUUGCUAUUAUUUUUCCCGCUCUUCAUCUGAGAUGUCUUAUGAAGUCUCUGACUCACUCUAUUGGCCGAAAUACUGUCGAGUUGCAUUUCCUAUGAAGUUAAUCCGAAAAAGUAGGCAAGAUUUUACGAGCAGGAUUAUUUUUCACUGCUGUUCAGUGUCUUAGAUGCACACACAUACACAUGCACAUACACAUACCUACACACACAUGUACAGAGCAAUGAUGAACUGUCGAUGUACCACUAGUAUUGAUUACUGUAUAUUAUUGUUUAUAUCUGAGACUAAAGGAGCGUUCAUUCCACCGUGGCACCACUGAGGACCAUUGUAUUGUUCUAGUAGCAAUAAUGUUAAUGCACUUAAUGGACAUCACCCAAAGAAAACUGCCUUAAUACAGCCGGCACUUGGCAACGGGACUGUAUGGGAGCAACACAAGGGACCGGUAUGGAUACUGCUCUUACAGUGACUCUGCUUUUAAAAGACAACGUUUGAACCUGUGGAUAUAGGUGAACAUCAUAUAUGCAGACUUGUGUUUACUGUUUAUUUUGAUGACUAGCCUGGUUUGAAUGUCUUCUUCAUUAUCUUAAAACAGUUUCAGGCUUCAUCACAGUCUAAUUAAGGAAACUAAAGCAUUGUGUUUUGUUUGGAAGUGAGUUGUUUUUUCCGUAUCAGACUCUUCUCUGCAGCUGUGCUCAGUAUAGCAGUCAUGCUCUCUUGUUGCUCACCUUGCUUCAUGCUCUUCUUGUCACGUUACAAUCAACCUAGACGAUGCCAUGCUAAACAUGUCGGUCCGUCAUCUACGCUGAUGUUUGAAGAAGUUGCUUAUUCAUUUGGAAGAAUUUUCUGACUGCCCUGCUAUAGGGGCAUGUAAGGGCUCUGCAUUCCAAAAGUAAAAAAUAACAAGAUCA